AUGGCGAAGGGAAAAAUAAAGAAAAAGGUGAAAAAGAGACGGUUCCCGGUAGUGAAACGCGGUGAUAUCCUACCGCUGUUACCGCUUCUCGGUGUUAUCGGCUCGCUGCCCGGUGGAGCGGCGGGUGUCGCCAAGGCGAUGAAUGACGCCAAGUACGGUCGCCGAGUGAGUGAGGUGACAAGUGUAAUAACAAGAUAUCGAAUAAAAGUUAUUCUAUCUAUUCAGAAGUGCAUAAUUAUUCUAAACUUUCCGAGCCAAAGCCCCCUUGACCAGCACGGCGAAUCCCGAAUCUUUACGCAGCGCCUACCGCCACCGAAAGGGGAUGUCCGCAACAACUUAGCGAUGGUUUUACACCGGAUAAAUACCCUGACGACGUUAUUCCAACAAUUACAACAGGAGGCGUCGUGCACUGCGCAACUUAUGAUGGUGGUGCAGGAUGCGCUUUCGGUGGACGAUCUUUUCCAAUGAUGCCGAGCG